AUGCAAACGCAUUUUGAAGAACGUGUUGCCGAAAAGUACAAUCGGGCACUUCAGCGUGGUGAACUGAGCUUUAUAGAAAGUAAAGUUACUCAUAUAAAAGAUAAAGGAAUCGAGUUUGAAAUUCGACUUGCACCUAGUUUGGCUAAGAAACCUACCGGUAAUUUAAGGACAAAAGAUGAACUGCAGCAGAAACCUAAGGCAGACCCUUUUUUACCCUAUAACCAAGAUUUAUUUGUGCAAGAACACGGAAAAUAUAAUAUAUUAUUAAAUAAGUUUUGUGUUGUUCCCCAUCAUUUAAUAAUCGCUACUAAGGACUUUGAAAAACAAACGGAUCCUCUUAAUCCAGAAGAUCUAGAAAGUAUAUGGCAUUUUAUGAUGCAAAUUAAAAGUCAACCAUCACUUGCAUUCUUUAAUUGCGGUGAGCUUUCGGGUGCAAGGUCACAAUCCUUUGUCUUACAAUUUAAUUAUGACUCAUACAUGGUUAAUGAUCGUACCUAG